AAGUGUGCGCACCGUCCUCCUCCUCCACGUCUUUCAUCCGGAGUGAAACCAGGGAGCGCACCGUGUCAGAGCAGAGGCAGUCCAGCCCAGCUCCGGCUCUCAGCGCCACAAGCCGGUGGAGCUCCGCAGCCGAGGAGGGGAGGGGGUCGUAUUAAAGAGUGAGAUGGGUCCGGAGACGGUGAGGUAUUCGUGAUUGUCCAGUGAACGGCGGCGAAGUUCUCCUGCUCCGCUCGCAUCUUUUUCUCCAGGACGCCGAGUGUGUGAUCGUGUGUUCAGCAUGAGUAACAUCUACGAGUCUGCAGAGGCCACGCUGGGCUUCAUCAGCUCUCCGUGCCUGACCAAAGUAGAGCUGAGAGUGGCGUGCCGGGGGAUCGCGGACCGCGAUGCCCUCUCCAAACCUGAUCCGUGCGUGGUGCUGAAGGUGCAGUCACAUGGCCAGUGGUUUGAGGUGGACCGUACUGAGGUGAUUCGUAGCAGCAGCAGUCCAGUCUUUUCCAAGAUCUUCUUGGUAGAUUACUACUUUGAGGAGGUUCAGAGGCUUCGAUUUGAGCUGCACGAUAUCAGCUCUGGCAACAAUGGCCUCCGGGAUGCAGACUUCCUUGGAGCGAUGGAGUGUACCUUAGGACAGAUCGUCUCACAGAGAAAACUGACCAAAGCUCUUCUCAAGCAGGGAAACACUACUGGGAAGUCCUCCAUAAUGGUGACAGCAGAGGAGUUGUCCGGUAAUGACGAUUACGUUGAACUCUCGUUUAGUGCUCGAAAACUUGAUGACAAGGAUUUCUUCAGUAAGUCUGAUCCUUUUCUGGAGAUUUUUAGAAUAAAUGAUGAUGGAACAGAGUCUCUUGUGCACAGAACGGAGACGGUUAUGAACAAUCUGAGCCCCGUUUGGAAAUCCUUUAAAGUCUCCUUGAACACACUCUGCAGUGGAGACCACGACAGAGAGCUGAAGUGCACCGUUUGGGACUGGGACUCCAACGGCAAACAUGACUUUAUUGGAGAGUUUCAGACCACGUUUAAGGAGAUGAUGAGGGCAGAGCAGGAGGGUAAACAGAUCCAGUGGGAAUGCAUUAACCCAAAGUAUCAGAUGAAGAAGAAGAACUACAGAAACUCCGGCACCGUCAUUCUCAACCACUGCAAGACCAUCAAAAUGUACUCCUUCCUGGAUUACAUCAUGGGGGGCUGCCAGAUUCAGUUCACGGUGGCCAUAGACUUCACGGCAUCCAAUGGGGAUCCGAGAAACAGCUGCUCACUCCACUACAUCCACCCCUACCAGCCCAACGAGUACCUAAAAGCGCUGGUGGCUGUAGGGGAGAUCUGCCAAGACUAUGACAGCGACAAAAUGUUCCCUGCCUUUGGUUUUGGAGCUCUGAUACCACCUGACUUCAAGGUUUCACAUGACUUUGCUGUGAACUUUGAUGAAGAAAAUCCCGAAUGUGCUGGGAUCCAAGGCGUGGUGGAGGCCUACCAGAACUGCCUUCCUAAGAUCCAACUGUAUGGGCCCACCAACAUCGCCCCAAUCAUCCAGAAAGUGGCCUCUUCUGCCUCCGAGGAGAUGCACACCAAAGAGGCCAUGGAGUACUUUAUCCUGCUGAUCCUCACCGACGGCGUCAUCACCGACAUGGCGGACACACGGGAGGCCAUCGUGCACGCCUCUCACCUGCCUAUGUCUGUCAUUAUUGUUGGAGUGGGAAACGCAGACUUCACUGACAUGCAGAUUCUCGACGGGGAUGACGGGAUCUUGCGUUCACCCAAGGGCGAGCCGGUCCUUCGUGACAUUGUCCAGUUUGUCCCCUUCAAGGACUUCAAACAUGCCUCUCCGGCUGCCUUAGCCAAGAGCGUUCUGGCUGAAGUGCCAAACCAGGUGGUGGAUUACUACAACGCAAAAGGAAUCAAACCCAAGUGUAUAUCGGACUACGAGUCCUCAAGAACCUUCAGCCCCUGAUGAAGUACUAACCCUAACCCUAUACAUUAUAGACAUGUCCAAAAGCACAAGCAGACAUCAACAAAUAUAUAAACAGGACAAUACAACAUACUGUAGCCUAGCUCAGAGAAUUAGCUUGUUAUGAUAAAACAGUUUCAACUACUUCAUUAAGGACUAUUGCAUGUUCGGUCACAGUGGCAUCACCGAGGAAAAUUAUUACUCUCUACCGCGUAUUGAAAAGAUAUUUGUAGAAAUAAUACAAGUUUUCAGAACCAGCAUGCAGACUCUGACCAUACCCCCCUGGAAAGAUCGACAUUUUUACCUUAUUCAGACAACUAGCAAGAGCGGAAAGACAACAUGAACCUGCAGAAGCCGAAAUGCUUCAAAUUAGCAUUGCAAAUGUUAUUUAUGGGACUUGUGGCAGUCCAGUUAGUAUACUGCAUGGAUGCAUGAAUAAUUCAGCUCCCACUAAUAUCCAAUCUUGAGUAGCCACUUGCUAGUUACGAAAUAAAGUAUCUCUGUCAUUUGUGUGAGGCGCGGGGGUAUUAUUGAGUGUUUGGGGUAGAAUUUUCUUUCUUUUUUUUUAAACUUAUUUGCUUACAGUUUUGCCAAAUGAAAAUAACUGAUGAAUCAUUGUAAUAAUUUCUUAAUAAACUUCUUAUAUUGUAAAGAGUUUUGGGAUGUAGACAUGUGCGUGGUAGAGGCUCAUUUCUGAGCCGAAAACAUUUUUUUCUUGUAAUCUGCAUGUUGAUAAUAAUAAUGAAAUAAUAAAGAUACUCUGGUUUUCUCA